GCAGUAUUCACUGUAUAAUUUGGGGCUGCCUGCUCUUCUCCACUCUUCUAGACCCUUCUUAGGCAACUCUACCCUCUUCCCCUCGCCCCCCGCACGCCAUAAAUGAAUGCAAUCCAAGUCGUAGCCUUUCCUUUCCUGUAGAACCGUCCAGAGACCUUUACAUACCCUCAUUCUCCGCCUCCGCCUCCCCCUCCCCCUCCCGUACACUCGCAAGGCCAAGACCCCUCAUACUCCUAUCGUCGCAGUCACAGUUCCACAAUGGCGAAAAUGGGUGAAGGCGACAAGCGCUGGAUCGUGGAAGACCGCCCCGAUGGAACCAACGUCCACAAUUGGCACUGGGCAGAAACUGAUUGCCUCGAUUGGUCUAGGAAUUUCUUGAGCGACCGUCUCUGCAACAAGACCCUUCUCUCCGGGGAAGGGAAUCUCUACAUCAAGAUCAAGAAAAUUGAGAAGCUCGAGGGAGAAGCAUACGUCAACAUUCGUAAGGGCAAAAUAAUACCCGGCUAUGAGUUGAAUCUAGUUAUUUCUUAUGAAGCCGAGGCUAAAGAUUCUGAUGGGAGCUCGGUGCUUUUGAGCACUGAGGGAUCUGUGGAAGUUCCCUAUAUUUCCGAUGAGAAUGCUGGAGAGGAUCCCGAAAUUCGGAUUACAAUAAAAGAUGAUGGGGGGAUCGGUAAAAGGCUGAAAGACGCGUUCAUCGCCAAGGGGAAGCCGUUUGUGUUUGAGAAAAUUAGGGAGUAUGUUGAUGCAAUGGCAAAAGGUGGACCUGCCAAGGACGAUUUGGAAAGUAAGAAAGUCACGGCCAAGAAUCCAGUUUCGGGUUCUGCUGCUGCGAGUAACAGUGCUGCCGCUAAUAAUAGUGCCUCUAAUGCGAAGGAGAUUAAGAAGAAAGAGGAGAAGAGAAGGGAGGGGUUUAAGACGAUAACUAUGAGUGAGAAGUUUAGUUGUCGAGCCAGGGAUCUAUAUGAGAUAUUAAUGGACGAAAAUAGGUGGAAGGGCUUCUCACAGAGCAAUGCAAGGAUAAGCAAGGAGGUAGGAGGGGAGAUUAGCAUUUUUGAUGGGUCAGUGACGGGGAGGAACCUGGAACUGCAGGAGGGCAAGUUGAUUGUUCAGCAGUGGAGGUUUGGGAGCUGGCCAGAUGGCAUUGUGUCCACGGUUCGCCUUACUUUUGAUGAACCGGAAUCUGGAGUGACAAUAGUCAAGCUAACACAUGCCGAUGUGCCAGAGGAAGACAGGUAUGGUAAUGCCACUGUGGUAGAAAACACUGAGAGGGGAUGGCGCGAUCUUAUAUUCCAAAAAAUCCGGGCAGUUUUUGGGUUUGGAAUUUGAAAUUUAUAUCAGUCGAUUAUAGAACUUUGUCAUUGUUUCAGUGUUGCACCAAUCAUGGACACAUUUCAUGAAGUUUGUCGUGUACUUUUAUUCUCUCGGUAUUUCUUUUGCCUGCUGAAUUGAUAUGGCUGUGAAAUUGAGAACAAGACUCCCGUGUUUGUAACAUGGGACUGAACCAUAUGCUUGCUACGGUGUUCUUAUCUGCCUCUGAUGGGGUUUGCUGCA